AAAUGAUUUUCGUCUCCAACCAUGUUGAGGCUCUUUUCUCAUUCUUUCAUUCUGACUAACUUGCUUUUUUCCCCUCUGACUUGCUCCUGCAGUUGAGUAGAACUUCUGGAGUGAGAGCGACAGAUCUUGCUGCUCCCCCAACCUUUUCCUGCGAUUUAAUCAUUUGCAGAUCUUGCCAUGGGGUGCGGACUGAGAAAGCUGGAAGACCCAGAUGAUAGCAGCCCUGGAAAAAUCUUUUCUACAUUGAAGAGACCACAAGUUGAAACAAAGACGGAUUCUGCUUAUGAAUAUGUAUUGCUGGAUUUUACUUUAGAAGCUUCCUCAAAUCCAGAAGUUAUCAAGAUCAGUUCUGUGUUGGAUAUAGUAUCUAAGGUGGAAGAAUAUUACAACAGAGGAUAUGUUGUAGGAGCUGUUCAUCCUAUUAUACUGCCAAUUGGACGCAGAAGGAAUUUCCCUGCAAGUCACAUGUAUCGUGUGGUACUUUCACGAUUAAAAUUAAGCCAGAAGCAUGCAGCACCCAGAGGACAAAGGCACCCCAGGCUGGUGAUUGAGGAAUGUCCUUUAAUGUAUGAAACACUGACAAAUGAGGUAGUGAAAGAACUGUUAGAAAAGGUUAACGAAGCUGCUAAAAGAGGAAAGAAGUUUGUGGGAUUUGUAACGCAACACUUUCCUCAACCUAAAGCCUGUAAUGGAACAAGUACGGAUGGAAGCGCAGAGCUGGAAUCAACGCUGGGCAAAAGAAAUAGGGAACACAGAAGAAAAAAUUCUGAUGAAAACUAUAAAAACUGGAAUGAAGGGACAUUGAGUGGUCACUCAUCUGAGAGUGGGAUAGAGGAGGAAAUGCAAGGAGAAAGCAGUCUGUUACAGGAUGCAGAUUUCCAGUUUGGAAAAGAAGUCAGUCCUGUUAAACCACGAAAAGGAGAUGAAAAGCUCUAUACAGUCUUCAAUGUUUUUGAUGAUGAUUCUACCUGCUGGACCUAUCAUGAAGGUGUUUUGUCUAUGAAAGUAACGAGAAAGGGGCCAGUUAUUAGUACACUGGAAGCAGACUGGCUAGAACUAACCACAUUUUAUUAUAAACAAGGAUUAUCCUUAAUUGAUUCUUUUGUACACUGGGAAACUUCUAAAGGAGACUAUUUGCCCAAAUCUUUAGAAGGAUUAUUUAUCUACGAAGAAGAGGGUGCUGGGGUUCCAGGUUCUAACAGGAAAGGAAAUGAUGCAAUAGUUGUUGAACAAUGGACAGUCAUUGAGGGGUGUGAAAUUAAAACAGAUUAUGGACCUUUGUUGCACACGCUGGCUGAGUUUGGAUGGCUCCUGACCUGUGUCCUGCCUACACCUAUUGUACGACAUGACAGUGAGGGAAAUCUGGCCACAAAGCAAGUUGUUUUUCUACAGAGACCUGUUAUGUGGAAUUCUGCUGUCCAGACACCAGAGAAGAAAUCCUUAAGACAAGUUAUUGGGGAGGAAAAAGGCAAAGUCUCCAGCAGAAGCGUUGGAUUAGACACAGCUACUUCUCGCCCUAUAGAAAUUGGACAACCACCUGAUGAGUUUCAUCUGUCUCCUUCUAAACAAUGUUGGAUCAAGGAGGGAUCCUCCCAGUAUGGAGGCUUUCCAGGAUUCAGUAGCAGUGAUGGAGUAUUAAGGGAACUGGAUGAUGGACAGUUUGACCAGGAAGAUGGAGUCACUCAGGUCACAUGUAUGUGAUAAAGUAAGUAACUGCAUCAGAUGGACAUGUACAUAACUCACACAAAUGUGUUUGUUUUAAAUCAUACUACUUUAAAUGCAUUGGUAUAAUCAUAUGACUUUUCCCAGACUUGUUUUGUAUUUUUGUCUGUUUCUUUGUGUUAAUCCUACUGUAGUAAUAAUACUACUGUAAAAUAAUUUGGUUUUCCGUCUCUUUAAUAGAAUAACUACGUGACUGGGUGCUCUGAUAACUUGUUAAUGCUUUUGACAAGGAAGGAAGUAAAUGCUGCGAACAGUGGCAGUUUGAAUUGUGUAAGAGAGAAAGGAAUGAAGAUGUUUAGUAUUUUCCACAAACUGGAGGAGUGUUUGGUUUCGUGUGUGUGUGUUUUGGUUUUGUUUGUUUUUUUUUUAAGGGUGUUGUAAAUAUUGGUGGGGGAAAAAAGAAAAAUUAACUAUCUAGUUGUUGUUAAGUUUUAAUGUAAUUUUUACUUCACUUGCCUUGCAUAAAUUCAAAAGCCUAGAGAAAUGUCUUACACUAGAAUAUUAAUAAUUUAAGCUGUGUUCAGACUUGGUAUGUACAGAAAACCUCUGGAGGCUCUAGGCAGACACUUGCACCUGUAAUAUUAUUUCACCUAUGCAGGUUUUACCAGGGUUCCUUGUACAUGUAAGGCAAAAGCUGUCCAAGCGUAUAGCUUGUAUAAUGAUCUAUCCAUAAUCUACUCGUGAGUGGCAACUAAGAAUCACUCACCCUUUGCAAGAUAACUUGCAGUCUAUGAAAAAGUAGUUUGAGAAACUCGCUAAGAAGCAUUGACAGCGAGGUGCACAAUGAUGUUGAUAAUACAUAGGAGGAAGUAGUAGGUUGAACUUAAUAGGCAAUAGAUGAUAGGCUGUAUACAAAUAUGCUGAUGUAUAUAUAAAAAAUUUCUCAGCUAAAUGUAUCUCACACUGCAUGAAGUGUAUUCAACUGCAUCAAAUACCAGAAGGAAUGUUCAGAGGAAAGGAUGAAGCUGCUGUGCUUCCAUCCCCACCGUGGGGAGGAGUUGCCCGCGUUAAGGGAGGCUAACACGGGCAGGGCUCCUGCGAACAGGAAUUAUUUUUGUGCUGCUAUCUUGAAAUUACAUUUUACAGAGGAGAAGCUGAAUAAAAACACAUCUUCAAAAGAUAAAUGUGAUUCUAAAUAAAAAUGCAUUUCUUUAGUUAGUUUUAGAAGCAAAAGCUAAUGGAAAAUAACUUGGUCAAAAUGAGAAAUCAGAACAGAACUGAGAACAUGUAUUCACAUUUCUGUCGACGUCUGCAGUACAACACACGCAGACAAGUACUGCAAAUGUUGAGAGAAAUGUGAAUACAUUGAACUGCAGCACCCCACUCCCCUGGUGUGGUAUCCCGCCAGCCGCCAGGGGAGUCUCCCUGUCCACAGGGGCAGAUGCUGGCACUAAACACGGUGGGCAAAUCAAUGCAGUGACAGAAACGUGUCGGUAACUGACGCCAAACGAGCACCCGGGGAGAUGACCGGGAUGGCGGGAGUCAGACUGUAGUCUCUGUGGUGGGGAGCUGUGCGGAAAGAAGCUGCUUAUUUCAAUAAGCAAAAAGUAACUCAUGAAAGAAACAAGUUACGCUUGCUGUGAUAAGCCAAUGUAGUAAAAAGCUGUAGUGCUAUUCCAAUUUAUCUUUACAAGGGGAGGGGACAGGGGAAGCCUGUUCCACUUGCAUGAUUGUCAUUGUGGGAACGUGAAAUAAUUAUUGCUUUGGAGCUGCUUCCCAAUUUCGUUAUGAAAUUGUUGUAGGCAGGCUUGUUGUUUAUUUUUCACUUUGGAAGAGCAACUACAACAACUGUUUGUAGCAGGUUUGGAGUUUGUUGGAGGUUGAGGAAUUCCAGCCCUCGAGCUGGAAACAUUCCUUCAACUUUUUUCCCAUAGCACAUUGUUGAAAAGGGCAGCUUCUAUUUUCUCACUUGAAUUUCUUAAGAAAAAUGCUGGCAGCCUGGCAAAAUAGUUCUGAAUUGUGACUGUUUUUAAGAGCCAAAUAUAUGCCAGGAGGGUGGUGCACACCGCGGGCAGCGAUGGGAGCGCAGGAGUACCUGUGGUAGCCGGCACAGUAAGGAAUCCAUUUUUGCCAAGGCUUCUCUCCCUGCUCUCCCGCCAGCAGCUCAAGGUCACAGAUGUGGGGUGCGAGCCCUCGUGUUCGUUCCCUGUUUGGGGGCACCGUGUGGAGGAGGGUCCCCCCGCCAAUGGGCAGAGCGCUGGGCUGGGUGUUCCUCACAGAGCCCGACCCGGCCACUGCCGUCUCAUGCAGCACGUGCCUCUGUGAGCAGCGGGUCGUGGUCAUCACGCAGUAGCAGGGAUCUCCUCCGUGGAAAAAUAAAAUUACAAAAAUACAUGUUAUGUCUGCCUCUGGCAGAAAGCCAAGCAACUGGCGUAUUAAAAAUGGGGUAACAGCUGGUCUUGUGCAACGUGGAAAUACGUUGCUCUACUUCUAAAAGUAUUUUUCACAAGUUACCUGAAACUCUGGUGUGUGUAAUUCUAUAGUCAAACCUGUAAAACCAGCAAAAAUUGGUUAAAAAAACCUAGGAAUUCUGAAUAUUCCAGGUUAAAGCUUUUAAAGUAUAUCAAAGAAAUUACCUUUUAUAACGUAGUAUCCCUGCUUAAGAUGGUUAACAGUCGUGAAUCCUAAACCAAACUUGAACUACAACUAUUUAUAUAACAAGUUACAAUGCAUAAAGUACUAGAUUGAAUGCAGGUAACUCUCUAGAAUACAUUUAUUGGUUAAAAGGAAUCAUUUAACUUAACUGAGAUCUCUUCAUAUCAGCUGUUGAGAAUGCAAAAACUUCAACUAAAUCACUAUCUUCUUAAAAUAACUUUUCCCCUUACAAUUAAUGGGGAGUGCACGAAGGAGAUUGUUUGGGAACAAGGGUAGAAAUUGAGCGUGCUCUGGAUGUCUGCAGGUGCACUCCAGAACAUCCCCACUUUUAGCAGGAAAGGCUUUUCUUAAAAUGAAGUAAAGCCAUAUUCUGUUUCAGUAGCCCACGGCUUUAACUGUGCUUUACCUCUGUGAAUUUCUUUCUUGUCUCUUUAUGCAGUGUAAAUAUGCUGAAGUGCUUCCUCUGAACCCACCCACCAGUUCCUAUAUAGUGAAGGACAGCUUCAGUUUUUAUUUUAAUGCUAUUUGUCUCACUGUAUGUGAAGUUGUCCCUGCUGUAGAAACAGUCUAGGUUGUUUUCCUAGCUCUCUUGUCGUUCACCUCACAGGGCUAUAUUUAGGCUCUGUACUGGGGGGGAGGGGGGGAACAGAUGAACAAAUUAAAAAAAACAAACAACAACAAACAAAAAAAACCCACAAAAUACAAUUCUUCACCUGGGGAAAAAAAGAGUCAACUUGACAGGAGCCAAAAAUAGGGAGGUCAGUAGAGUGAGUGGCAUGGAGAGGACAGCCAAGGAAUAAAUUCUUCAGCAUUCUUUUUUUGAUAGAAGAAAUCAAGGGAAUGGUGUAGGUGGUAAGUAGCAGGUUUGAAACAAACCAAGGUAUCAGCUAACUGUAGAAGCCCUUGCUGCAGGACGCUGUGUAUAAAACUACCUGGAUUCAACAGGUGACUGAAAAAUUCCUGAAAAGAACAUUGCCCUGUUCUCUCUGAAAGUCACUGAAUCAGAAACUGUUGGAGACUGUGAAAGCUGGUCUGACUGACUGGCUGCUUAUCCCGUUGUUUAGAUUAUUGUAAGCACCAGCGCUUCAUCCCUGGUGGGCACGGAGCUGAGAGCCUUCUGCUGCUGCAAGGCUUGCUUUGAAAAAUCAGGGCGAGUAAGUUGCUUGCUCAGCCUGCGUGCAGACAGCGCACGAAUUACCUGACUCCGGGCACUAGCUGAAGAACCCAGAAUAAACCAUCCGUCUUCCUCAGGCAUGUGUGCUGAAACAGAAAUAACUGAAAAUGCUUCUAAAACAAAUGAUGGAAAAUCUUCUGUUUCUUUGUAGUUAAAAAUUCUGAAAGCCAACUAUAUCUUACUUGCAAAAGUGAGAAAAGAAGGGUGCAUUUUGGGUAUAGGGGGUUCUGUUUUAACCUACUUGUUCCAUCACCUGGUCUUACACAAACUAGAGCAUUAAGGUAUGCCUUUAUUAGUGUUGUUACCAGCACUGUCCAUUAAUUAAAGUUUGUAAAUCAGAAGAGCUCUCAGAGUAACUCUAGCAAGAUUAUUUUUUCUUUUAGUAUGUUCCUAUUUUUUGAGAGAUACAUACUGUUCAGUUUUCAUUUUACCAGGCUCUAUGUUACAUACUUUUUUUUUUUUGAAAGAAUUUCAAAUCAACUUAAACUAUGGGUGCGUUCUGACAAAAAAAAAAAGUAAGUACAGUUAUUUAUUCACUAACAGGGCUUCAAUUAGGAGCCUGUGUGAAAUGCAGUAGGGAAGUCCCUUACCUGAAUGAGACAACCGAAAUGCCCUGCAGCUAUUAGAAAGGAGAGAGAGAGAAGGCAACCGAUGCUGUUCAUGAACUUCUGCAAAAGCUGUUCAUACUUUCUGAUUCUUAAGUUGCUUGGAGAGGAAAUACUUCUUCUAGUGUUUACAAGCAUGGCGAAACAAUCCGCUGUAAAAGAAUUUUGUGCCCUGCUCAUGAUUGUCACAACAGUUUAUUUACAUACCUGGUCAGCUGCAAUAAACUGCUGCUUAAUUUCUGUGUUUCUGGUCUGUAAAAUAUUGUUCUCUUUUUGUAAAGCCAAGAUCUUCUCUCUGUUUCUGACAGGAGGCUUCUCAUCAUUAAAAGCACUUACAAAUCA